UCGGCGCCGGCAGAAUGGAAGGGAUACGCAUGAGUUGAACGGUGACAUCAUCGACUGCUCCGAAUGGCCGAGGAAUCUUAGCAGCCAAAAGAUAUCAUUGAUUGUCUUGGAUCAGCAUUGUGCAUAUUUUUUGGUGGUGAGUUAGGUGUUUCUUGAAUGAACCAAUGAAAUCAGGCUAUGAACAUGGUGGAGUUAAUAAUGCUCACACGAAGGUCUUGCUGACAUCACUCUCAGCUAUGGUGGCUGAGUCUACAACUUUCCCCAUAGAUCUGAUCAAGACCAGGCUCCAACUCCAUGGUGAAUCACUUUCCUCUAGUCGUCCAACUAAUGCAUUUCGAGUAGGCUUGGGCAUUAUUCGUGAACAAGGUACUCUUGGCCUUUACAAUGGCUUGUCUCCAGCAAUUAUUAGACACCUAUUCUACACGCCUAUUCGAAUUGUCGGGUAUGAGCACCUCAGAAGUGUGGUUGAUUCUGACAAUGCUUCACUUUCUAUCAUUCGUAAGGCUGUAGUCGGUGGAAUCUCUGGUACUGUGGCUCAGGUUAUAGCCAGCCCAGCUGAUCUUGUCAAGGUGAGGAUGCAAGCUGACGGCCAAAGGGUGAGCCAAGGUCUUCAACCUCGGUAUUUGGGGCCAUUUGAUGCCUUGAACAAAAUUGUUCGAGCUGAAGGAUUUCAGGGAUUGUGGAAGGGUGUUUUUCCUAAUAUCCAAAGAGCCUUCUUAGUGAACAUGGGAGAAUUAGCCUGUUAUGAUCAUGCCAAACAGUUUGUUAUUAGAAGUAGGAUAGCUGAGGAUAAUGUUUAUGCCCACACAUUAGCUCCCAUCAUGUCAGGUCUGGCGGCAACUUCUUUAAGUUGUCCAGCUGAUGUUGUGAAGACUAGAAUGAUGAAUCAGGCAGCUAAAAAGGAAGGAAAAGUCUUAUAUAGUAACUCUUAUGAUUGCUUGGUAAAGACAGUUAAAAUUGAAGGAAUAAGAGCAUUGUGGAAAGGAUUCUUUCCCACAUGGGCAAGGCUUGGUCCAUGGCAAUUUGUGUUCUGGGUUUCCUAUGAGAAGUUUAGGAAACUUGCUGGCCUCUCUUCUUUCUAAGAAUUUUUUUUUUAUAUACCGGAAGACAUUCAUUCAUGAUAAGUUUACAAUUCACAGCCUCCGAGGUACCAACAUCCAGAUUUAAUCUUUUUCCCAACUUUUAGCAUAUUUAGUAUUUUCUCUUUUUGCAGCUAUCAGUGUCAUUGAUGGCUAAUUUUAACCCUUAUUUCCAGCUUUGGAACUUUAUAAGAUAAAAUGAAGAUUUUGAAUGAGAU